CUGGGGCGGGUUUAUUUUGCUUCCACAUUCAAGGCGGCUUCCGCCAUGCGGUUUCGGGCCAAGAUCGUGGACGUCGCCUGCCUGAACCACUUCACCCGUGUGAUCAAUACAAUUGCCAAACUAGCCAAGACAUGCACUCUACGCCUUACAGUGGACAAACUUUACUUCAUCCUUACUGAUAAAGUGGCAAAUGGAGGGGUCAGCAUGUGGUGUGAGUUAAAUCAGGGGAACUUCUUUGAUGAAUUCCAGAUGGAAGGAGUAGCAGCAGAACACAAUGAAAUUUAUUUGGAGCUGACACCAGAAAACCUAUCAAGAGCUUUAAAAACAGCCCAGAAUGCCAAGACGGUGAAAAUCAAAUUGACUAACAAGCACUGCCCCUGUCUCACAGUAGCUGUGGAAUUGCCCUCAUUAUCGAGCAGUAGUCGCAUUGUGACACAUGACAUUCCAGUGGGAGUUAUUCCCAGAAGACUGUGGAAUGAUUUCCGAGAGCCCAGUGUACCAGAUUUUGAUGUCAGUAUUUACUUGCCAGUGCUGAAGACCAUGAAGAGUGUUGUGGAAAGAAUGAAAAAUCUCAGCAAUUGCAUUGUGCUUGAAGCAAAUUUAAACGGAGAAAUGAACUUGAAAAUAGAAACAGAUUUAGUGUCUGUUACGACCCAUUUUAAAGGUCUUGGAAAUCCUCCGUGGGUAUCAGAGGAUGGUUCACAAAAUUCUACUCAAGACAGAGAUCCGGAAAGCAUGGCUGAGGCACGCAUAGACAUUCGGAAGCUCCUGCAGCUACUUGCUGGGCAACAAGUAAAUCCCACGAAAGCCUUGUGCAAUAUUGUGAGCAAAAGGAUUGUUCACUUCAUUUUGCUUCAUGAGGAGGUUUCUCUUCAGUACUUCAUUCCAGCACUUGCAUGAAUACUCUUCUACAGCUCAGCAGUUCUGCCAUAUGAGGCCUUGCCUACAAAGAGUGAAACAAGCAUAAAGAGUGGGGAUUUUGUGCAUUGAUGGGCUCUUGAUCUAUAAUAUUUAAAAAAGUUGUUAUAUAUUUUAUAUUAUAUAUAUUUAUAGAAUUAUUGUAAGAACUUGAUUCCCAAGGAUAUUAUAUUUUUGUGUUGAUUAUAUAUUGGAUUAAAGUGAAAAUAUAUGGAAAGCUGGCCCCUCUAGUGUCAUGGGCAGGGAAAUUGUAGAAGCUCCUACACAGUGCUGUUCACUGCUCUCAGUAACUGAGCAAGUAGGUGAGCAAAGAUGCUGUAACAUGAAUGUCUCUUCAGCAUGUUAUAGGUGGGCAUAAACACAAGUUCAGCUCAAAGCACUUGGGGUUUCUUUAGAUGAGGCAGCAACGUGGGCAUAUCAAAGAGAGCUUCUUGGGGGUCCAAGGUAAAGAUUCUGAAAUUAACUCCCCGGGGAAUGAAGGGCCAUCGCAAGCCGCACCGCCUUCCACUCCAUGGGCAAGGUGCAUUUCUUUAAUCUUGCCUUUUACUGUAAACACAGCUGUGUGUGUAUAAAAAUUGCAAAAGAUAUUGGCCACACGUCUGCUGAGGAGGAGAAGAGAACAAAUGAGACAGAUGCUGGUCAGAUGGCUUAAUGGAGCCUCAGAAGGCCCUUAGAUGAGUGCAGUGUAAGAGUUUAUAUAGAAUGUUUGUUUAUAUUUGGAUUAUUUCAGCUGCUGGUCUGUAAGAGUAGGCAAUACAGUGUUAUUUGAAGCCUUAGUGAGUAGGGGUAUCAGAACUUGUGCUUCCUUUUAUAUUCAUGCCAAUGGUUAACAUGGCUUAUUUUCAACUCAGGGUCUCUGCAAAAACAUCUUAUCCCUGUUCUUGAAAAAUAGCUCUUUUGCCCUAAAAAAACUGGGGUUUCAGAUAAUACAUUGGGAGGACUUGCCUUCUGUUGCUACAAGCUCAGCUUGUCAAUGAGUUGAGGCAAGACUGGUCACCAGAGCCUUUCAAUGAGACAUUGGGUUAACAGCUGGGAUCAGCUGGUCUACAGUACUGGCUGCCCCUUGUUCGUUCCUUCCAUCCAUCAAUAAAUGGUGAGUUAAAUAAGCAGGACACACAAUGAUCUGAGAUGAACAUACUAGUCAUUUAUUUAAAAAAAAUGCUCUUGUGUGCAGGGAGUACAGAAGAAAGAGAGGGGACCUAACAAGUGCUGGGAAAGUAUGUUGGUAGAGGCUAUCAUCACUUACUUUUUGGUUUUUGGCUGUUCUUUAUGGUCCCCUGCUUGGCUGUGACUGAACUCUUCCAGCUAAGACUGGAAAGAGAAGGCUUCGGCAGAUGAUGGCGAAAGAUAACGAUGCAGGAUCACCACCCCCACAUGCUCCAGGGUCUGAGGUCCUUCACACCUGUAGGGGUUGGCUCACUGCUGUGAUCUGCACGAGUAGACAGUUUGAUGUUCCUGCAACAUACAGGAGAUCAUUUAGAGCAGUGGUUCUCAAAGCCGGUCCGCUGACGGGCCACAGGUUGCCCACCACAGUCCUAAAGAGUCAUUGCCUGCAAUACAAGCAGAUGUGCCUGCUACCUGUCUCUCACAGUCUACCUAGAAGUCUGGACUGAUCUCUUGGGCAGAGGAAGGAGGUAGGUGGUGUUUUUUGUGGAGACAGGGAAGGAUUGAGGUGGCAGGUAACUGGUGGAAUUCACAGUUGCUGCUUUAUGGUGUGAGUGAUUUGCAGUGCAUAGAUGCUCAAGUGGUUUUUCUUUUGUAUUUGAAAUGGGGCAAGGAACAAAUAAUCCAGACCAUGCACAGAUGCACUGGGCUUUUGCGUCUUCAAGGGCCAGUGUCACCUUGUGACAACAGGUUUUAUGGGGGGGGGAGCUAUAAAAGCCUUUAGUUACUUAGGAACAGAAGUUUUUCCUGAUUAUUAUCUUGCAGACUUAGUAAGAACUUCAGGAUUGAACCCACUGGGAUGAUAUGUAGCUGUAAUACCUGCAAUAAAAUACUCAUGUUAGACAGCCUGAAAUAAGUUAACCAAUAUCUCAUUUUCCUCACGUUUGGCCUUUCCAACAUGUUUCUAUCUCCCACUGGCCAGAAAAGCCACAAAUUAAGUUAAAAGGAAUUUUUCUGGGUCAGAAUGCAGGAACAAGUGUAAUACUACUGAUAUAUACUGUAUUUGAUUCUCAUUUUUACUUGAUUAUUUCUGCGGGGAAGUGUAGGUGGUUAUUCUCCUGAUUUUAGUACACAAAACUAUAUUGCAUCUAUAAGCUCUUUUGAAAUGUGUGCACUUCCAUAUAUUGAUUAACCUAGUCCUAAUGACAUACGUAGCUUGCCCUCUAGUGGUAAUUUUGUUGUACUGCUUCAUUAUCCCUCCCCGCCAAUUUUAUUUCACUCUACAGAUAAACUUAUUGCUGUUUGCCUCUCUGUGUAUAACCUACUUAUUGAAUUUCAGUAUUCUGCAAGUCAAUAACAUUGCAACUAGUAAUACUCUGUUUUGAAAAA